AUGAACCAAUAUAGAGCUGCGGUGCGUGCAAGGUGGAAAACGGUCGAUGACACCGUUGGCUAUCAUCUGAACCCUUCUGAAAUACAACCAGAUAUAAGCCUUGGAGAAUUAUGGUCUGAAAUAAGCGCAGACGAAUCUUCUGCCUCCGAUACAGAUGAAAAGAAAUGCGAAGAUUUACUUAUUGUGGAGGCUGCUUUGAGAGUUAUCAUCGACAGGCCCGGCCAGUUACAGAAGAAAGAUCAAGAGGCGGCAAGAUUCUUCAUUUUCUGGGCUGCCAAUGCUAUUCUUCCAAAUGAAGACUUCACCGGUGCAUGGGAGGAGGCUCAGCUUUCAGACACUGCAAAACUGCCAACGCUGGCAAGGUACAAGAUUGCUCGACUGAAGUCAACUGUUGGAGUCUCAGUUCUACAACUUCUCCAUUCGAUUAGUCCUAUCAAUGAACUUGAAAUCGACGAUUCAGUCGAUAUUAUCACGGCCUUGGCUGCUUUCACCUGCAGGAAGGAUCCAUGGACAACAGAGACCGCAUUUAACGCGGCCUCUGUUAUCCUUGAACGUUAUGAGUCACUUUUACGCUCACAGAACAGAGAAGAGCUGGCCCCUAUCCUUGAAGGGGUACUUAGAAAAAAAGUGAAGCCUUUAUUUUCAAAAACGAAAACUCCUGCAGUUACAGCGGCCGGGAGGAAGAAUGUGCAUCCUAUCCCCCAGCCGAGAUUUGAUCCAAGUAUUUUCGAUCCGAAGUCUAAGCCGUGGAAGUUUAAGGACCUCUAUGUUAUCGCGGUGCUCUCUUGGGUGAUUGGGAGGUAUUCGCCCUCAGACAAGGCCACAUUGGAAUCCCAAUUUCCUCUCCUCGUUCCCGCAAUCCUCUCUCUAAUAGACGACGAGACGCUCCCCUUCAAGGCAAAGGGCUGCGAGCUUCUCUUUAAAUUUCUAGCUCCUCUUGAGGAAUCGAAAUCCGACUUACUCAGGCGCACGAACCUGGAUUCAGUGUUUCAAGACGCUCUUACUCCCUGCCUUCUUUCCCUACCCACUCUCACCCCCGAAUCUGAAUCCAUCCACCUGCUCCAAUAUGCGUAUCCAGCAUGCCUUGCGGUAAUUCGCACCCGAUUUCCUUCAUCCCAAUCCCAAUAUUCAUACUCUAAAACAACCCAGACCAGCCUCAAAGAAGACCCCGAAUCCCAACAGCGACUGGAAUCCCUUACCCGCCUCCUCCGACAGAGUAUCCUCCAAUCUUACCACCACACUAGCAACCCCGCCCCCAUAGAAAAUACAUCAAUAUCAUCAUACCCACACCCACGCCUCUCCGCGCUGCUGCUUUCCCAGCUCUCGCUCGUCUCCUCAGAGCUAGGCAUCCACACUACCAAGCAUCUACAGGAUCUCGUUCCCGUGCUCUCAGCUACCUUGUCAAAUCCAUUUGGUACGGCAUAUCCUCCUCUUCUUUUGGCAGCAACGGAAGCAGCUAAAGUGCUAGUGUUGAAUGCUUGGCCAAGGAUUUGGAGAUGGAGAGCUGAACUGCUGGCCGGGCUGUGUGCGUGUUGGUUGCAUGUGUGCGAUGAAUUAGCAGAUAUGGAUAUGGAUGCUGGUGGUGCUGUUGCCAGCAUUACACCCAAGAGAGGUAAUGAUGCUGGUGAUGGAUGGAGAGCGGAUUUGAUUGGGCUACAGGGUGCCCUUAAGGAGGUUGUUGGGGUUUUAAGGAUCACGAUUACAGAAUGUGCAGACCUUGUUUUCGAGAAGGGAGUGGGAGAUCAUGAAGCAAGAGGAGCUGGAGACGAGGGUAGGAAUGGAGGAGCUAUUGAUGUUGACGGUGAGUUCAGGGAGUUGGUUGGAGGAGAUGAGAAAUUGCAUGGAUUAUUGAUUGGGAAUGAGAAUUUUGAUUCCUAG